AUGGAGUGCAAAGAAAUGGAUAAUAUCUCUUAUGCUUCAUUAGUUGAGAGUUUGAUGUAUGCUCAGACCUAUACUAGGUCGGAUAUAAGCUCUGCGGUCGGUAUGUUGGGUCGUUAUCAAUCAAAUCUUAUGAUGGUUCAUUGGAGAGCUGCAAAGAAAGUUUUAUGGUGCUUGAAAUGCACUAAGGAUGACAUGAUCACAUAUAAAAGAACUAGAAACCUUGAGGUUGUUGGUUACUCAGGCUCGGACUAUGUCGGAUGUUCGGAUACCCGGAAGUCCAUAUUCGACUAUGUGUUCCUUCUAGUUGGUGGAGUUGUCUCAUGGAAGAGUGAUAAGCAGUCUGUCAUUGUUACUUCCAUUAUGGAGGUUGAAUUUGUAGCAUGCUUUGAAGAUACAGUUCAAUCGUUAUGGCUGCGCAAUUUUGUUGAUGAUUUAGGGAUCGUUGGUACCAUUGCUAAAUCGAUGAGGAUUUAUUGUGAUAAUGUGACAGUUGUAUUCUUCUCUAAGAAUGAUAUAUACUCCAAGGGUGCCAAACAUAUGGAUUUAAAGUAUCUGUUUGUCAAAGAAGAGAUGCAAAAUCAAAGAGUUCAAAUAGUCCACAUUGGCACUAAUAAUAUGAUUGCAAAUCAGUUGACUAAAUGA